UCAUUGAUCAUCAUGAAAUUUCCCACCAUCUUCCCCCCUUCCUUUUUCUUAUCUAUCUAUAAAAUGAAUAAAUAAAUCUUCCUCUUUUCUCUUGAUUCGAGGACCAGAUUUUUCUCUGUUGCUAUUACGAUAACUCUCCAAAUCUUUUUCUUUUCACCAAAUUCGUUUAUUGUGAAGUAGUAUCAAGUUAAAGAAAAAUGGGUGGCGGUGCUGAUGAUGAACGUAACAAUAACAAUAACGGUGAUCAAGACAAAGGACUGUUUUCUCACCUAGCUGGAUAUGCUGCUGGUGGUGGACACUACCCUCCACAAUAUGGACCAUACCCUCCUCAUGGCUCUCAUGGGUAUCCUUACCCUCCUUCUGGAGGUUACCCACCAUCUGGUUAUCCUCCACCUGGUGGAUAUCCACCACAUGCUUACCCUCCACCAGGCGGUUAUCCACAGCAUGGCUAUCCUCCUGCUGGCUAUCCCCCAGCUGGCUACCCCCCAACAGGCUAUCCUGGUCCAUCAGGACAUCAUUCAGGACAUGGAGGACCUGGAAUGGGAACAUUGCUAGCUGGAGGAGCAGCAGCCGCUGCAGCUGCAUACGGGGCACACCAUAUUGCUCAUGGUGCUUAUGGACAUCAUGGUGGUUAUGGACACUUUGGGGGUCACCAUGGUAAGUUCAAACAUGGUAAGUUCAAGCAUGGGAAGUUCGGAAAGCGAUGGAAGCACGGGCACGGGAUGUUUGGUGGAAAGCAUAAGGGCUUUUUUGGAGGAAAGCACAAAAUGUGGAAGUGAUUUCAGUAUGUGUCUUUUCACUAUUAUUAGCUUCGUAGAACCAUGUUCUCAGUUUUUUCUUUUAAUUUUACUAUAACGAUUGUAGUUGCUCCUCUGAUUUCUUUGUGUCUUGUAGAUUUGGAACCCUAUGGUUUGGUUGAUUUGCUAAUAUGGUGUUGUUCAAAAGUAGAUGAAAAAUAUGUAGAAUUUGUAAUUAGUACCCAA